AUCAAUAGAACCGCGUGAUCAAUGGAUCUAUCCUCUUGCCCCCUUUCCUCGCCGCCACUGCAGCCGCCUCCGCUUCCGCUUCCGCUUGUGCGUCCUUCCUUGCCGCCACCUCCGUGGGCAGACCCCAGCUCUAGCUCCAUCCCCAGUCCCAAUCCCAGUCCCAGCCCCUUCCUCUGAUCCUCUAUAGAUUUGCGAAUCUUGUCAGUUUUCGCUAACAACGAAGCAGCUCGUCCGUCUCCCGGAUCCGUACUGGGUUUUGGCCCCCCUCAUGUUGCUGGACGCCAUCUUCUUCCUGCCCACACUGUUCACCUACCUGCUCAUCCUGCUGCUCAUCUGCAUCCUGUGCUUCAUCGUUAUCUAUAUCAGCCACAAGAUCUACAUCUCCAUCUACGACAACCUGCCGCUGCCAGGCAAUUCCCGCCCAGCGCUCGUCCGCGCCUCCAACCAUGUGAUGACCAUGCGCAGCUACUUCGAAGGAUCCUUGCGCAGUCCUCGCUCCACUCAGGCCAGCUUGCGCUCCCUCUGGAUUCAGAAUAGGUCGCAGCUUCUGGAUACGACAGCUGUUUUAAGAAUUGUGGUAUCGCUGGAACCCUGCUACCUGGUAAGCAUAGAGUUCGAUGUGAGUCCGAGUCGAAGGGCAAUGAGCUUCCUGUGCACCUGCGACCGGGACGAGCCUGUUUGCGGCGCUGUGGAGCCCCGGCCCUCGAACUCUCUUCACAUCGUCCGGUACUUCGACCACCUCUCCAAGAUCCCGCGCCUGAAAGUCAUGCUUAAGUGCAACCAGAGGCGAUCGGACCCGCGGCGAGACAGCCAGGCGAGGAUGACCCUCGACGAGGUCAUCCAGGAGGCCAAGGAGGCCCAGUGCACGGAUCCUGGAGCUGCUUGCCGGGCUCCAACUGCUCGUCGAAAUAUACGGCCGUCGGCGCCGGCUCCGGACUGAGGAGGGGUAGCUUUAUCGAGGAGGACUUUAUUAAAAAUGCCUACAACUGGCUGCUGUGAUGUGGUA